AUGCGGCGUCUCGCGGCCGUCCUGGCAGCAACUCCCGUCGUCACAGCAAUCUACAUCAAUGGCUCCGUCGUGGCUCCGUGCGACUCGCCCAUCUACUGCCACGGCCCUCUCCUCAAGGAGAUUGAGCUCGCGCGGCCCUUUGCCGACUCCAAGACCUUUGUGGACAUGCCCGCUCUGAAGCCCCUAGAAGAAGUCCAAAACGCCUUCUCCAAGCUCAACCGACCCAUCGCCAACAACUCGGAGCUUCAAGGCUUCCUGACCAGCUACUUUGGCGACGCGGGCCACGAGCUCCAGGAGUUGCCCGAGUCCCAGCUCAGCGCCGACCCGCGGUUCCUCGACUCCAUCACGGACACGGUCAUCAAGGAGUUCACGCAAAAGGUCAUCGACAUCUGGAGCAGCCUCACGCGCUCCUACAACGCCUCCGCGGCCAGCCCCUGCGCCGACUGCCCCAGCAGCUUCAUCCCCAUCAAGCGGCCGUUUGUCAUUGCCGGCGGCCGCUUCCGCGAGCCGUACUACUGGGACUCGUACUGGAUCCUCGAGGGCCUCCUCCGCACGCGCGGCUCCUUCACCGGCAUCGCCGGGAACACGAUUGAGAACCUGCUCGACCUUGUGGAGGCGUACGGCAUGGUCCCCAACGGCGCCAGGACGUACUACCUGAACCGCUCGCAGCCGCCGAUGCUCUCGCAGAUGGUGAAACUGUACAUGGAGCACACAAACGACACGUCGAUCCUCGAGCGCGCACUGCCCCUGCUCAUGAGGGAGCACGAGUUCUGGAUGACCAACCGCACGGUCGAGGUCGAGUCCGCCGCGGGCGUCAAGUACACGCUGAACCGGUACGCAGUGGACAACACGGAGCCGCGGCCCGAGUCGUACCGCGAGGACUUUAAGACGGCGCGCAGCCCGGAGUCCGAGUCCGAGUCCGAGUCCGAGUCCGAGUCCUCCGAGUCCUCCGCGUCCGAGUUCCGCGAUUUCUACGCCAACAUAGCCACCGGCGCCGAGACCGGAUGGGACUUUAGCUCGCGCUGGCUCGCGGACCUCCGGGUCUCGACGAGCGAGGCCGACUCCCCGCUCCGGGCCAUCAGCGCCAGCCGCAUCGUGCCCGUGUGCCUCAACUCGAUCCUUUACGGCAACGAGCUCGCCAUCGCCGGCUUCCUCAACCAGACGGGCAACGCGACGGCCGCGGCGGCGUGGCAUGCGAGGGCCCUCCAGCGCAGCGAGGCCAUGCACGCCGUCAUGUGGAACGACUCCCUCGUCGGCUACUUCGACUUCAACCUCACCUCGGGCCGCCAGGACGUCUACGGGCCCGCCGACGACGAGGCCCUCGAGGCCGACACGCGCGGCGCCCCCCCCGGCCGCCAGGUCCUCUUCCACGUGGGCCAGUUCUACCCCUUCUGGCAGGGCUCCGCCGCCGCGCACCUCAAGGACGACCCCGCGGCCGUCGAGGCCGUCUAUUCCCGCGUCGCGGCGUACCUGGACGCCCGCAAGGGCGGCAUCCCCGCCACCAACUUCAGGGCCGGGCAGCAGUGGGACCGGCCCAACGUCUGGCCGCCCCUGAUGCACAUCCUCAUCAAGGGCCUGACCAACACGCCCGCCGCGUCUGGCGAGGACGACUCGGCGUACGUGCGCGUCCGCGGGCUGGCCCUCGCCCUCGCCCAGAGAUACCUCGACUCGGCGUUUUGCACCUGGUACGCCACGGGCGGCAGCACCUCGGAGACGCCCAAGCUGGACGGGCUCACGGAGCAAGACACGGGCGUCAUGUUUGAAAAGUACAGCGACGAGUCGACCAACGUGGCAGGCGGCGGCGGCGAGUACGAGGUCGUCCAAGGCUUCGGCUGGACCAACGGCGUGCUGAUAUGGGCCGUGGACGUCUUCGGGAAUGAGCUGAAGCGGCCGGAUUGCGGCCAGAUGGAGCCCGCUAGGAAACAGACCGAGCGGAAGAGGGCCCGGAGCGCGGUUGAGCUGCAUCCCGAGGACGCGAGGAGGAUCAAGAGGUUUGGCAGGAGAGGAAGUGCGUACGUCCCGCGGGCGUAG